AUGAUUAAAUUAGCACAAGAUGAACAGAAUCCUAAUUCAGUAAAUGACAAAGAUAAAAAUAGUGACAUUUUAAUUAGUAAAAAAAAAAUUGAAGAUCUAAAAAAAAGUAUAGAAAAUUUAUUAAAUGAUGAAAGUUCUCAAUCUGACUUAAAUAAUAUAAAAAAAUCACUGAAGGAAUUAGAGUUAUAUUCAUUGAAUAAUAAUGAUAUAAAUGAUGUAUAUAAGAAAAACGGAAUAAAAAAUAAUCCAGAUAAUAAUAAGACAUUCGAAGAAUUAAAGAAUGAAUUAAUAAAACAAAAAAAUUUAAAUUCUUGCUUAUCACUAAAACUUAAAAGUAUUCAUAUUAAAUUAAAUAAUCUUUAUCUAAAAAAAAAUGAACUUGAAAAAAAUAUUAAUAAUAAAAUACAAGAUAUAGAACAGCAAUUUCUGAUUUUAAGCAAAGAAAUUAAUAGAACACCAGAUCAAGAAAAAUCUAAAAACCAAAAAAAAGAUAGCAAUACAAAUUUAGAAGACAAUGAAGGAAUAGUAUUACUGGAUGAAGUUGGUGAUAUUUUAAGUCCCGAUAGUAUAAAUAAUAAAAAUGGUGUAAACAGAAUUAUUAAUUUAAAAAAUGAAGAAAUUGAAAACUUAAAAAAUUUGUUGAUUGAAUAUGAAAAAAAUUUAGAAGUAUAUAAAGUAGGAAAAAUAAAAAUUGAUUUUGAAUUAAAAUCUUGCAAAAAAAAAUUAAAUGAGGAAAUAGAAAAAAAUAAUGAUUACAUGAACAAAAUAAAAUCUUAUGAAACGCAUAUAAAUAUUUUUAAAAGUGAAAAUAUAAAAAUUAUAGAAGAGUUAAAUUAUUUAAAAGCAGAUUUAGAUAAAUCUAGGAAUGAAAACGAUAAAAUUCAUCUGAAAAAUAAAAUAUUGAGUGAUGAAAAAAAUAGUUUAAGUGAGAUAAAUGAUGAUUUAAAAAAGGAAAUAAAAAAUAUGAAGUCAAUUUUAAAUGAUUCAAAAAAUAAAGAACAUAUUUUUAGUAGUUUUAUAGAAAAAAUUAGUAAUAUUAUAUUAUAUUUAAAAAAUAAUGAUGAGUAUAACUUUCUUAAUGAUCAUUUUAAUAAACUAGAUUUCGACAAUGAACAAAUAAUUGUACAAACGGAAUUAUAUAUAGAUAUCAUAUCUUCAUCGAUAAAACGAUUAAUCAAUAUAAAAAAAGGAUUUCAAGAAAAAAAUAAUGAAUUAGAAACAAUUAAGAAUGAACUUAGCUCAUUAAAAAAUGAAUAUUUGAAAAAAAGUAAAAAUUAUGAAGAAAUUAAAUUAAAAAUGGAUCAUUUAAAAUUUAUCGAACAGAACAAUUUAAAGAUAAAUAAUGAAAAAGAAAAUUAUGAAAAGAUUCUGAACGAAUUAAGGGAAAAAUUAGAUAAGGAAGAAAAAGAAAAAUUAGAAUUAAGAGAAAAAGACAAUAUCAAUUUAUAUAAAAUUAAAGAUUUCGAAAAAAAAGAAAUCAAUUUACUAAAUGAAAUUAAUAAAUUAAAAAAUUUUAUAGAUAAAAAGAGAAUGGAUUUUGAAAAAGAUAGUCAAAUUAAUAUUAUAAAAUUUGAAGAUUUGAAAAACAAAAAUAAAGAGUUAUUAAAAAAUUUAAGUGAAAUAAAUAAUGAAAAAGAAAAUUGUGAAAAAAUUAUGAACGAAUUAAGGGAAAAAUUAGAUAAGGAAGAAAAAGAAAAAUUAGAAUUAAGAGAAAAAGACAAUUUCAAUUUAUAUAAAAUUAAAAAUUUUCAAAAAAAAGAAGUCAAUUUACUCAAUGAAAUGAAUAAAUUAAAAAAUUUUAUACAAGAAAAUAAAACAAAUUAUGAAAAAGCAAAUGAGAUCAAUAAAAAGAAAUUAGAAGGUAUGAAAAAAAAGAAUAGAGAAUUAAUAAAAAAUUUAAGUGAAAUAAGUAAUGAAUUAAAAAAAUGUGUUAAUGAAGUUCAAAAUGUUAGUGAAAACAUGAAAACGGUAGAAAAAGAAAAAGAAAGUGUUACAUGUGAGUUAAAUACAUUAAAGAUAAAGAAUGAGAAGUUAAAAAAUGAAUUAGAAAAAAUAGAAAAAAAAAAUAAAUUAUUUAAAUUAAAAGCUUAUGAAUCUAACAGCAACAUUUCCGAUCUAAAUAACAAAUUAAAUGACAUAAAUAUUAAAUAUGAUAAAGUUGUAGAAAACUUUAACAAUACAAAAAAACAAUAUAAAGAAGAACUAAAAAAAAAAAUUGAUCAUAUAGUGGUACUAAAAAAAAAUUCAGAUUAUUUAAAAAAGGAAUUAGAAAAAAAAAAUGAAGAAAUAAAAUCAAAUUUAGAAAAAAUAAAAAACAUUGAAUUAAAAUUAUCUUUAUAUACAGAAAAAAAUGAAAAACUAAAUGAAGAAAUUAAAAAGCGUAAUUCCUUUAUAAAAGAUAAAGAUAAGAAAAUAAACCUUUUAACAAACAUAGAAAAUGAUUUAUUAAAAAAAGAAGAAAUUAAUAAUAGAAUAUUGAUAGAAAAAAAAAAUACGAUAAAAAGUAAUGUAGUAGAGUUACAAUUUUUAAAAGAAGAAAAUAACAAAUUAAAUGAUAUAAUAAAAAAAUUAAAAAGUCAAUUAAUAAAAGGAGAACUUGAUAGUAGAACAAUUAAUAAAGAAAUAGAAAUUUACAAAAAUGAAAAAAAUUAUAUAUUAUUAAAUUUAGAGAAUAAAUUGUCAGAAAAAGAAAAGUGUAUCAAAAGUAUGAAGGAAGAAUUAAUAAAUAUACAAAAAAAACUAGAUGAAAAGCUAGAUACAAAAUAUGAACUGAAAAUAUUAAAUGAUAAAGUAGGAGAAUUAUCAAAAAUAAACAAUAAUUAUGAAAUGAAAAUUGCUGAUUUAAAUAAUGAAUUAGAUAGAAUUAAUAAAAGAUUAAAAGAUGAAGAAUUUUUAAAAGAAGAAGAAAAAAGAAAAAAUAUAAAUAUAACAUAUAUGUUAAAGGAGUAUGAGUUGAAGAUGAAAGAAAAGGAAAAUAUGAUAGAAUCAUUAAAAAAAAGUGAAAAAAACAUGGAAGAGCUAAAACAUGAAGAAAAGUUUGAAAACGAAAAAAGAUUAAGAAACAAAUAUGAAGAAGAAAAAAAAAACAUAAUAGAAGAAUAUAAUAGAAAAAUGCAACAAGAAAAAGAAAAAUAUGAAGAAAAAAUAAAUUCAACAAAUGAAAAGUAUAAAAAUAUGAUUGAAGAGAUACAAGAAGAAAAUAAAAAAGAAAUAAAAAAAAUGCAAAAUAUGUAUGACAUUAAUAUUCAAUCUCAGUUAUUAAUAAAAGAAAAUGAGAAGCAUAUGCAAAAUAAAAUUGAUGAAUAUAGUAAAUUAUUAAAAGAAAAAGACGAAGAAAUCAAAACAAUUAUUCAGGAAUUCGAUGAAAAAAUGCAGAACCAAAAUAAAGAAAUGGAAAACUUAAUAAACGAAUGUGAAGAUAAAUUAAAAAAAGCCAGAAUAAAUAAGAGGUCAAGUAGUAAUAAUAGUAGCACAUUCAUCACUAAUGAAAAUUUAAAGGAAAAAGAAAAAAAAAUAGAAGAACUAUUAAAUGAAUUAUCAAUAAGUAAACAGGAGAUAGACAAAUUAGUAGAAAAAAAUAAUAUCUUAGAAGAAUCCAACUUAAAAUUAUCAAAUGAUACUAAUAAUUUAACAGAAGAGAAUAAAAAAUUAAAAGAGCAAUUAGAAAGUGCCUCAUUAAGUAUUCAGCAAAUGGAAUUAAAUAAAGAUUUACAAAAUGAAAAUCAUUUAAAGGAAGAACUAAGCAUACCAAAAGAAGAAAACAAAAAAAUAAAAAAUAUAGAAAUGAUACAAAAUACAGAAGUAGAUAAUGAAACAGAGAAUAUAAAAAAGAAAAAAAAGAAGAAAAAAGAUAAGCAUAUUAUUAAAGAUGAAGAAAAUGAAACAUUAAAAUUAUCAUUAGAUAUAUUAAAAGAAGAAUAUAAUUUACAAAUUGAAGAAUUAAAUAAUACAAAAAGAAAUUACUUGGAAUAUUUAAAAUCCUUAAAAAGCAAAUUAGAUGAAAUUAUAGAUAGAAUAAAAACAAAGGAUGAUGCAUUAUUAAAUGAUACUUUUAACAAAAUUAAUUUAGCUAUCUCUUCAUGGAAUAUAUUUAAUGAAGAAAAGAAAGUUGAAGAAAAUGAAAUUAUAGAAAAGGAAGAAUCUUCUAAUAAUGAAGAUUUUGAAACAUUUAAAAAUGAAAUUACUGAAAAAGUUGAAUUAAUUCAAAAAUUAAUUGGAUAG